AUGAAUGACUUCGACCUCAUCAAGGACCGCUUGCCGAGCUUCGCGCCGUCUCUCUCCCAGCUCUUACUUGCUGUCGCCAUGCAGAAGUCCAGGGCCAUCAAUCCCGUGCUGGGGUCUAGGGCGUUCGUCCCCACCCCUCGUGUCCAAUUCCAGGCUCAACGCCGAUUCCUCCAAGAUGUUACGAUCACUCGCACUGGAAAGCCGCUUCUGAAGAUCCAGGGUGGACGUCACUCUCUCGGAGGACACACUGCGACUGUCUUCGGUGCUACUGGUUUCCUCGGUCGUUACAUCGUCAACAAGCUCGCUACACAGGGAUGUACUGUCGUUGUUCCAUACCGUGAGGAGAUGGCCAAGCGCCAUCUCAAGGUUACCGGUGACCUCGGGCGGGUCGUUUUCAUCGAAUACGACCUGCGCAACACCCAGUCCAUCGAGGAGAGCGUCCGCCACUCCGACGUCGUUUACAACCUUGUCGGCCGUGAAUACCCUACCAAGAACUUCUCAUACACCGACGUGCACGUCGACGGUACAGAGCGCAUUGCAGAGGCAGUGGCCAAGUACGACGUCGACCGCUUCAUCCAUGUUUCCUCCUACAAUGCCAACAAGAACUCUCCCUCCGAAUACUUCUCCACCAAGGGAUGGGGUGAGGAAGUUGCACGCUCGAUAUAUCCAGAGACCACCAUUGUCCGACCAGCUCCAUUGUUCGGAUUCGAGGACCGUCUUCUUCACAAGCUUGCCAGCGCGACCAACCUUUUCACCGCCAACCACCUCCUGCAGCGCUCUUGGCCCGUCCACGCUAUUGACGUUGGUACUGCUCUUGAGCGCAUGCUCCACGAUGACAGCACCGCUGGCCAGACCUUUGAGCUGUACGGCCCCACCAACUACUCGCUUGCCGAGAUUGCUCCCCUUGUCGACCGUGAAAUCAUCAAGCGCCGCCGUCACAUCAAUGUUCCCAAGCGUAUCCUGAAGCCUGCGGCUCACCUUCUCAACAAGUACCUGUGGUGGCCCACCAUGAGCGCCGAUGAGGUUGAGCGCGAGUUCAUCGACCAAGAGAUCGACCAUACCGCCAAGACGUUCAAGGAUCUCGGGAUCGAGCCUGCUGAGCUGGCCGAGCUCACCUUUCACUACUUGAAGGGCUACCGAAGUGCCUCGUACUACGAUCUGCCCCCUGCUACGGAGCGCGAGCGGGCGGAGGAGAAGAAACGCAUUGAUUUCGUUUGUUCAGAUUGUACUCGUAGCAAUUCUGCUCUUCCUCACUUCAGAUCCAUCAACUACAUCAUAGACCGUAGCCAUCCGGAGUCUUCCCCGCUCCACUCCGCGGCGGGAGUAACGCAUCCACCACAAAAUAAACCUCUCAUACUUCCAAUCCGCAACUCCAAGAACUCGAGACUUGGUCGCCUGGAAGAAACAAAUCAAAUUCCCGAACAUAAAAUCCCGCGCGACGAACCCAACGUAUCCACAAUGACCCCUCCUUCACCCCGCCGCAUCCUCCUCCUCAAAACCAAGUCCUCCCCGCACGACGGCUACGACGAAUUCUUCUCCUCCCAACAUACCAAACCAACCUUUAUCCCCGUCCUAAGCCAUAACUUCCACACCCAGAACCUCUCCGGCAUCAAGGAGCUCCUCGAGAAUGGCAGUCUGCGCCCCGGUCCGGACCGCCGAUAUGGAGGGCUGAUCUUUACGUCCCAGCGCGCGGUCGAGGCGUUUGCGGAGAUGGUGGGUGGUGUUGAGGAAGCGCAUUUAGUAUCCGCGUCACAGAACCUCCCCCUCUACACCGUCGGCCCCGCAACCGCACGGUCACUAACAACACUGCGAGACAAAUAUCUCCCGAGCGCGACGAUCCACGGCGCGGAAACCGGGAACGGAGAGAACCUGGCGAAGUUUAUACUAGAGCACUAUAAUGCUUUGUUCGAAGGACGGCUCCAAGAGCGCAAGCCGCCGUUACUCUUCCUUGUCGGCGAGACGAGACGCGAUAUCAUACCGCGAACGCUUAUGGGGAGUGGCACUGAGGCGGAGAAGAGGAUUGGGGUUGAGGAAGUUGUUGUUUAUGAGACGGGGGUGGUGGAGGGGUUUGAAGGGGAUUUCGAGAAUGUAUUGCGGGAUUCGUUGAACGGUGACUCCGAGGCGGCCGUGAUAUGGGUGGUUGUCUUCUCGCCUACGGGGUGCGAUGCUAUGGUCAGGGUUCUGAGGAGGGAGGAUGAUAAGAUUGAGGAAGGGGCCGGGCGGAAAGUGUUUGUUGCGACGAUUGGGCCAACGACGAGGGAUCAUCUAGUGAAGGAGUGUGGGUUCAAGCCGGAUGUAUGUGCAGCGAAGCCUUCGCCUGAGGGCGUUGGUGCGGGGAUAGAGGAGUUUAUGAGGAAUUUGGGGUCGAGGUAG